AUGCAAGGGGGAAAAUUGAAGAAGUCAUUCUCCGUGGCUUGCAGUAAGUGUGGUGAAAAGGGCCACAACUACAAAACCUGCAAAGGAGCUCCAUCAAACCCCAAUUGGAAGCCGAAAACAAAGAAGCCUAAGAAGAAAGAAGGAGGCAGCUCUCAACAACUGGUUGUGCUUCCUUUGUCACAGUCAGCUCCAACUGCAGGGGAUUCUUCAAGUAGCCAACCAAGCAAUACAACACCCCUGCAACAACCAACUGCUGUUACGAGUGCAGCUACACCAAACCUUGCAAAUGUUGCACCAGCUCCAUCCAGAUUUACUAGAUCCACACUUGUGAUACCAACUCCGGGAGCAACAGUCACUCCAUUCAGGCCACCCGCCCCAACAACAACCCCUCCAAGUACAGUUCCAGGCAAGGUUCCAUCGAUGGUUAACAACACUUCUCGCCUUAAACAUUCAAAAUUCAGACCUAAGCAGAAGAUCUUCAGGCCACCGGCACCACUGACUCAAGGACAAUCUAGCACACCGCAAGUAGCACCAGCUCAGGAAGACCCCAAAACAAUAACACCAACUGAACAAAUUUCUAAGGAAUCAACAUGA